AUGCUUUCGAACAAGUUAGCUUGGUGUCUGCGAUCGUCUGGUGUCGUUCGUAAAAUCCUGAAAAGAGACAUCAAUUUAAACGCAGAACUACACACCGUUCUGACGAAAUUGCCUGAUUCAGGUGUGGUGGUUGUCGGUGGUGGCCAUGCUGGCUGUGAAGCAGCUACUGGAUCAGCACGGUCAGGAGCACCAACUGUACUAGUAACACCGCACUUAGAUAAAAUAGGAACAUGCUCCUGUAAUCCGUCGAUGGGUGGUGUCGGAAAAGGCACAUUGCUGAGAGAAGUCGAUGCCCUGGACGGCGUGGCGCCAAGGAUUACAGAUAAGGCAGGUAUACAGUUCAAAAUGCUAAACAGAAGCAGGGGAGCUGCAGUUUGGGGACCCCGAGCCCAAAUUGAUAGAGACAUUUAUCUUACAAAAAUGCAAGAAGAGUUAUCAAACUAUCCCAAUUUAGCUCUUUGUGAAGGAAAAGUUAAGGACUUGAUCAUCGAUACGCAAAAGAGUAUCACAGACAAAGCUAAAUUUGGGUCUAUAGUAGGUGUAAUCCUUGAAUCCGGUCUCAUUCUAAGAUCUUCAAAUGUUGUCAUUACUACAGGCACGUUCCUAAGUGCCGAAAUUCACAUAGGAAUGAAGACUUUUCCUGCUGGGAGAAUAGGAGAAGAUCCAACAUAUGGAAUUAGUGGUUCCUUGCGGGAAGCGGGCUUCAUUUUAGGGAGAUUGAAAACUGGGACGCCUGCUAGAUUGGAUGGUAGAACUAUUGAUUUUACGAAAUUAGAAAAGCAGUACGGUGAUAGUCCACCUCACCCAAUGAGUUUUAUGAACGAAAAAGUUUCCAUAAGGGACCAGGUUUUAUGUUAUGGAACUUACACUAAUCCAGAGGUUCAUGAAUAUUUGAGAUCAAAUUUACACCGGGCGUUACACAUUCGUGAGACCAUCAAAGGACCACGUUACUGUCCGUCGCUCGAAGCCAAGAUUACAAGGUUCAGUGAUAAGGACUCGCAUAAAAUAUGGCUGGAACCAGAGGGUUUGACGUCUCACAUAGUUUACCCCAACGGUAUCUCAAACUCGAUGCCAGAAGACGUUCAGAUCAAUUUCAUGCGGAUGAUAACAGGUUUGGAAAAUGUAGAUAUGCUACAGCCAGCUUAUGGCGUUGAGUACGAUUAUAUUGAUCCUAGAUCUCUGAAUUCUACGCUAGAGACCAAGCUAGUGGGAGGGCUUUUCCUCGCAGGUCAAAUUAACGGCACAACAGGUUAUGAGGAGGCUUGUGCUCAAGGCAUUAUUGCAGGUGUUAACGCGGGCUUAGCAAAUCAAGGCUAUGCACCCUUUAUAUUGUCUAGAUCGGACGCGUACAUCGGGGUUUUGAUUGACGACUUAAUCACUAAAGGUGUAGAAGAGCCAUAUAGAAUGUUCACUUCCCGCUCAGAAUUCCGAGUGAGCGUGAGAGCGGAUAACGCGGACUUCCGAUUGACCGCGCUUGGACGCAUGGCUGGUGUGGUCGGUGACGAUCGGUGGAACGUUUUUCAAGCUCAUAAGCAGACGUUUACGGACAUUGUUGAUAAACUGUCCAAUUUUGAACUUAGCGCAAAGAAAUGGGACAGUGCUUUGGGAAUUCGGGUUGCAGACGGAGCAAAAAAGAGAAGCGCAUGGGAAAUGUUCAGAUUUAAUAACAUUGACUAUCAAACAUUAAGUGAACGUAUACCGGAUCUCAGAGCGAAUUUAGAGCAAGUUCCAAAGCAUGUUAUUCUUAAGGUUGACGUUAAGGGAAAAUACGAUCCUUACAUCAAAAAGCAAGAUCAGUAUAUCAAGGCAUUCCAAGCAGACGAAGGAAUACGACUACCACAAGGAUUUGACUAUUCAAAGUUGCCGUCAUUAAGCUCCGAGUGCAAGAACAUUUUAAAUCUCGUUCAACCGUCGACGAUUGGACAAGCCAGGAGGAUUCAGGGCAUCACACCAGCUUCCCUCUUCGAGAUCUACAAGCUUGCGAGGUUUAAGCAGCAUGACUUGCAGAGCCUUGUAACCCAAAACCAGCUAAUUAAGUGA